GCCUUUAUUUCAGAGGGUUCAUCUGCAGCUCAGAACUUGGAGGCCAGGGUUCAAACGGAGGGACAGGUGUAGGCUAUCUGCAUCAUGGAUUACCAGAUGAAACUGGCGGAGAAACUCACCGUCCUGAAUGAGAGGGGUCAAGGCGUGCUGAUACGUAUGAACUACAUUAAAAAGUUAUGUUCACACUCCAAGCUGCGCCCGACCUUCCUCACAGACAAAGCCAUGGAACCUGCCAUCAAGUACAUCAAUAAGAAGUUCCCAAACAUAGAUUUUAGGGGAAACAAUCAUAAUCUGACUGCCAUCCAGCGGCAGAAGUCUGAAAUACUGCAAGCUACAAAAAACUUCUAUGAUUCUUUCCUGGAUGUUUUAGAGCUCAAGGACCAUGCAUAUGAGUUGCUGAACACCAUAGAUGCUGGUCAGUGCAGCUUCGAUAUUGUUUUCAACUUUGAUUUCACCAAAAACUACUUGGACUUGAUUAUCACCUUCACGUCUGUCAUCCUCAUGCUCUCAAGAAUUGAGGACAAGAAGGUUCUGGUGGGAAUGUUCAACUGCGCCCAUGAGAUGACCAAUGGGACCAGCGAACCAUCCUAUCCACGCCUCGGUCAGAUGUUUUUAGAAUAUGACCAUCCCUGGAAGAAGCUUUUGGAGGAUUUUGGUCCUCACACAAGGUCUGUAACAGCAGCUCUGAUUUCGCUGAACAUGGUCUACCCGCGCAGAAACCUGCCACCAGAGCAGUGGCGGAGGGCCCAGCUGCUCAGCCUACUCAGCAUUCCAGCUGCCAUGAUGGAACCCGCCUGCUGUGACACAAUGACCUGUGAAUACUUAUCAAUGGAAGUCAUGGAGCGCUGGAUCAUCAUUGGCUUCCUGUUGUGCCACGGCAGCCUGAACACAAACCAGACUUCUCUGGAGCUGUGGAAGAUGGCCCUGAGGAGCGGCCUCUACCUCACCCUGAUCAGGGACGAAGUCUUCAACAUACACAAAGUGACCGAAGACAUCUUUGACAACUUCAAAGGGUACAGCAAACGAGUUGCAGACAUUAAGGAAUGCCGUGAGCAUGUGUUAAUCAACUGUGGAGCUAUGCACAGAGAGAGGAGGAAGUUCCUGAGAGGAGCACUGAAGGAGUUAAGUCAAGUUCUGGCUGAUGAACCUGGACUCCUUGGACCAAAGGCUCUGUUUGUCUUCAUGGCUCUUUCAUUUUCCCGCGACGAGGUCCAAUGGCUCGUCAGACAUUCUGAGAGUAUGCCAAAGAUAAAGACACCAGAGGACUACAACGACAAUCAGAUGGCGGAGCUGCUGUUCCACAUGGAGAGGUUAAGAAGUCUAAUGAGAAAAUACAGCAAAAUAGUUCAGCGAUAUCAUGUUCAGUACCUGGCACAGUUUGAUGCACUGGUUCUCAAUGACACCAUACAGAACAUGUCUGUUUGUCCGGAGGAGGAGUCAGUCCUUCUGAGCUCAUUUGUCUCGACCCUGUCGGCUCUCUCCAUUAAACAAGUGGAGAACAAGGAGGAGUUUGACUUCAGAGCAGUGAGACUGGACUGGCUGCGUUUACAGGCAUACACAAGUGUCAUUAAGGCCCCUCUUCCACUGAAGGAAUAUCCUGACUUGGCAAAAGUCAUGAACAUGAUUCAGUUCCACACCAAGAUGGUAGACAGUAUGGAAGAAAUGCUUCAGGAGACAUCUGAGCUCUCUAUCCUCUGUUUUUACCCCCAUGUCUUUGAGAAGAUGUUUAACCAGAGCAAUGAGGAGAUACUUAUGAAGCAGUACCUCAUGGCGUUCCCCUCCGUCUGUUCUCACUUCAGCCACUGUGGACACUCUCUGUGUCCAGAAGAGAUGGAUAUACUGGAGAAGAAGAGUUUGCGCCUUUGUGUGACCUUCUUGGAGCAGAUAGCCAAGCAAACCAGUAGUGUCGUCUUAGAGAUAUGUGCAGAGCAGCGCAAUCUGAACGACCAGCUGUUGCCCAAGCACUGUGCUGAGUCUAUCAGUGCUGCUCGACACAGGAAGCAAAAGAAGGCUGUGCCUAAAAAAGGAGAAGUUCAGAAGGAGAAGCCAGGUGCUGAAAGCCAGAGGAAGGACAGGACAGUGACCACCAAUUUGGACAAGUUGCAUCUGAUCCUGAGAGAGCUCUGCUCCACCUACAGUCUCUGCAGUGAUUUUCUCAAUUUCGACCACAUUGUAGUUCCCACAGAGUUCCUUCUCUCUCAUCUGGAGCAACGCUUUUCUGAAAUCAUCGUGAGAAUGGCCAAUUACAACCAGACCACCCAGGAGAUAACGCGCCCCUCUGACCUCCUGGCCGCAAUAAGAGCCUAUACAGCCAGCCUUCAUGGCCUCUCCAGCUACAUCAAUGUUGACGUCACCCGGCUGGUGAAGACUGUCCUUUUACAGCAAACACAGCCACUGGACUCCCACGGAGGGCAGACCAUUACAACUCUCUACACAAACUGGUACCUGGAGGGUCUGUUACGUCAAGCCAGCAACUCCCUGAUUGUACACUGUCCAACAAGGCACUGCUUUGUCAGUCAGACUACUGACAAUGAACACAGUUUGAGAGCAGAGGAGUUCUCAGAUGUUGCAGAGCUGCAGGCCCUGGCAGAGCUAAUUGGACCAUACGGUUUGAAGUUUCUGAGUGAGAACCUGAUGUGGCACAUCACCUCGCAAGUCAGUGAGCUAAAGAAAAUGGUGAUAGACAACAUGGACAUCCUGGUUCAGAUGAAAAAUAACUUUGGCAAGCCGGAGGAAAUGGUCACUCUUAAAAAGAAGCUCACAGGUGGAGAGAAUGUCCUGAAGAGGAUGACCAUCAUUGGGGUGAUCCUGUCCUUCAGAGCAAUGACUCAGGAUGGCUUAAAAGAGGUCCUGCAGAAUCAUUGUCCCUUCCUGAUAGCACCAAUAGAGAGCCUGAAAGACAACAUCUCUCCAGAGGCUGACAUUAAGCUGACUCUGAACAUCUUUGAGUUGGUCUCUGCUGCAGGGCUGAAAUGUGAUAUUGACCCUGCCCUUGUUGCAGCCAUUCGCAACAUGCAUACAGACAACACAUCCCUCGAGGAAGAGUUCAAGCUGUCUCAGUUGCUGCUUGUUUACAUCGCUGUGUCCUUGCCCUUCCUGGCUUUGGAUCCAAACUCUCUCUACAACCAGGAGCAUGGAGGGCACAACAACAACAUCCACUGCUUAGCUACGGCGAUCAAUCAGGUGUUUGCUGCCAUGUUCACUGUUCAGAACAAGAACAUUGAGCAGCAGCUCAAAGAGUUUCUACUGCUGGCCUCCUCCACUCUACUUCAGCUGGGACAGAAUGUAGAAAAAAUUGAUGUGAAAAACCGAGAGUCUGUCUACUUACUCCUGCACAUGAUUGUGGAAGAGUCUCAGUUUUUGAGUCAAGACAUGCUGGAGAGUUGCUUUCCAUACGUUCUUCUACGAAACGCCUACAGAGAGGUGCACAAGGCCUUCAUCCUUACUGUGGGCUGAGGACUUUUCGUUUAAUCCUAUGUCGACGUACUGAAAUGACUUGGAAUUUUCAAACUUUGUGUCAUGUUUAUGCUGUUAAUCAUGGUCUUUUACUUUUAAAAACCUUUCUUGUGUCCACAGUAAAUGCAGUUCUUAGUGGCAGAUAUGGCUCCAACACAUUAGAAGAAGUUAGCCAUUUUUGGCUUACACAGAAAACGUUGAUCAUAAGAAUGUGUUUUUUUUUCCAGAAAAAAUCCGGCUUUAAAUGUAUCAAUUUUUAAAAGUGUAUCAGUACUUUUUUUAUUUUAACCGAUAAUAAACUUUGUAACAUUGUG